AUUUUCUCUCAGCUUGUCAUUGACCUCGGUGCCAGAUUACAGUUUUGACUUCUCAUGUUUAGACAGGAGAUAAUACAAGUUUGUCCACACCUCUGAUGUUUCGGUUUGCACGGUGUUUUCGGUACCAUUCGCUUAGCCGACUAAGCUAGCUAGUUAGCCCCCAGCAUGUCAACGUGGCGGCGGCUGCAUGUGAAGGUGCGGGCGGCUCAGGGAUUACUUACCUCCUCCUCCAGACGGCCGACAGAGCAGCACACAUGGCUGCAGGGUCAUUUUACGUUAUGUCGAGGCCUGAGCACGGGUGGACCUCUGAGAAAUGACUUCUUCAAAGACCUGGAGGCGCAGCUGGCAGCCAUGAGGAAGAAGGCGGCGGACGCACUGCCCGGCAGCGGCUGGACCCCCUUUGAGAUCAACCCGAACCUUCCUCCAGAGAGGGCCGACAUCGUGAUCGUUGGUGGCGGUGUGAUCGGCUGGUCCAUCGCCUACUGGCUGAAGCAGAAGGAGAGGGUGCGAGGAGGGUUGAGAGUUCUGGUAGUGGAGAGGGACCCAACGUACUCCCAGGCCUCCACGGUGCUCUCUGCCGGGGGGAUCCGACAGCAGUUCUCCCUGCCUGAGAACAUCCUCCUCUCCUUGGCCUCCGCAGACUUCAUGAGGAACAUCAAUGAACACCUCGGCGUGUUGAACGAAGACCCGGUGGACCUGCAGUUCAACCAGUCGGGAUACCUCUUCCUGGCCAGCCAGGAGGUGGCUCACAUCAUGGAGGAAAACUACAGCACCCAGAGGUAUGCUGGAGCCAAGGUUUCACUUCUCUCUCCUACACAACUAAAGGAGAAAUUUCCCUGGAUAAACACAGAUGGUGUGGUGCUCGCUUCGUACGGGUUGGAGAACGAGGGCUGGUUUGACCCCUGGACGCUGCUGAACGCCUUCAAGAGGAAGGCAGUCUCAAUGGGAGUCAUCCCGUGCUAUGGAGAAGUUACAGCUUUUAAAUACACAAUAAAUGUGAUGACAACUGCUGAUGGAGAACAAGUGGACUUCAGGAGAAUAAAAUCUGUCAAAGUGCAGAUGCCCAACACCCUGGAGUACCAGCCAGUGGAAUGUGCCAUUGUUGUGAAUGCAGCGGGAGCCUUUUCUGGUAAACUGACAGAGAUGCUGGGAAUUGGCCUCAGCUCUGAAGACACCAUCACUGGAAUUCCUCUGCCUGUUGAGCCUCGGAAAAGAUAUGUGUAUGUAGUCCACUGUCCUGAUGGUCCAGGUCUAGACACUCCCUUCUUGAUCGAUUACUCCGGAAUUUACUUCAGACGAGAGGGGUUAGGAGGGAACUAUAUCGCUGGAGCAUCGCCUGAGGAGGCAGAGGAGCCAGACAUCAGUAAUCUAGAGGUGGACCACCAGUUUUUUGAGGACAAGAUUUGGCCCAACUUGGCCCAUCGUGUUCCCGCUUUCGAGAAACUUAAGGUGACCAGCGCGUGGGCAGGCUUCUACGACUACAACACCUUCGACCAGAACGGCAUUAUCGGUAUACACCCAGUGGUUAACAACAUGUAUUUUGCGACGGGCUUCAGUGGCCACGGCCUGCAGCACUCCCCUGCGGUGGGUCGAGGUAUGGCAGAACUGAUCCUGGAUGGAGACUUUAAAACGCUGGACUUGAGUGCAUUCAGCUUCAGACGGAUUCUGGACCAGGAGCCCAUGUUGGAAAGGAACAUCGUGUAGAGGAUCUGGAACCUACCAUUCCCACUACAGCCGACACCAAAUUAUUACAGGUUUGUUAAUAAUUAUGACGAUCUGAGAAUUGGACGAUUGAGACUGCAUCGGUUGUUUUUGCGAACACGACGUAACACAUGUUCACUGUAACAAGGGUCAUCAUGGUACUGAGCUGACCCUUGUUACAGUAUAAACUGUAAUACCAAAACCCUAGCUUCACUUUUCAGGUUUAUAUUUAAGCUGGGUGCAUGGUGCCAUUGUGCAGUAAGUUUCUAUAAAUGUUAAUUGAAACAUCAGCAACUAUUUUGUUUUCAGAUUAGUUUAUGUAAGUACAAUACAUAAUGUAUACUGUAUUACAGUAUAAUUCAAUCCAAUACAAUCUCACUUAACAGUCUAUUGUUAAGUUGUUCUUUUAACGUCACUAAUGUUUUGAUUUACAUUAUUUUUGUUACAUUCUGGUACUUUCAUUAUUGUAACAUUAUGCAAACUUUUUCUGAUUUACUCAUCAAUCAACAUAGAUUGAUAAUUGCUGUGUGUUCCUGUAAAUAAAUGUGAUCAAAUUUGAUUAAUAAUCAACAUUUUUAUAACAAAA